GCUCAACUCAAUCGCCAGGUUCUUUUUGACAUGGCGCUUCUAGACGAAGUUGUGGCGAAUUACCAGCUCUUAAUGCAAGAGUGGAGUAAAAAGAAUCAAAACCUCGAAAAGUGCGGCGAACUACUGUCCAAGCUAAAGGUCGCCCUAACACAGUUGCCUUUUCUUCCCACAACGAAUACAGCGGUUACAAAGAGGGAGCUGCUCGUUGCCCGCGACAUCUUGGAAGUAGGAGCACAAUGGAGUAUCGCUACGCGCGAUAUUGCCUCUUUCGAGAGGUACAUGGCUCAGCUGAAGUGCUACUACCUCGACUACCAGGAUGACUUGCCAGAGUCGUCGUACAAGUACCAGCUGUUGGGUAUCAACUUGUUGUGCCUUUUGUCUCAGAACAGAGUAGCAGAAUUUCACACGGAAUUAGAACUUCUGCCUGCCAAAGAAAUUCAGAGCAACGUUUACAUCAGCCAUCCUGUGUCCAUGGAGCAGUUUCUCAUGGAGGGCAGCUACAACAAGGUUUUCCUGUCCAAGGGCAACGUUCCCGCGCCGAGCUACACGUUCUUCAUGGACAUUCUCCUGGACACUGUCCGGGACGAGAUGGCCAGCUGUGUCGAAAAGGCCUACGAGCGGAUUUCGGCACCCGAAGUGGCGCGCAUGCUUUUCCUCGAGGCUUCCAAGCAAUUAGAUCCUUACGCCAAAAAGAGGAACUGGUCUCAGACCAACAACAAGUUCAACUUCAGCACAGAAGUAAAACACACGGACGACAACAUAGCAGCCGAAGACCUCGCGGUACAAACCAUCGGCUACGCCCGAGAACUUGAGAUGAUCGUCUAGAACACAAAUUUUGGUUACGUGAAAAAAAAAAAGGACUGUAUAAAUAUUUACGUUGACCAGCGAGCGUGUGGACGACGCAUUUGAGGAACGCUUCACGCUGCUCGGUUUUAAGGAUUAAAUUUGUUUUGGAAGGAG